GAGUCCUCCUUUCCCUUGCCUCUGCCUCUCUUCGUUUCUCAUUGUUUGUUUUCAGUUUUCAAAAGAAACAAGCACCGUCGAAUCGAGAAUUAGGGUUUCUUGUUUUCUAUCAUUUCGUUUUUAGUUUUCAGAAUACCAUUACCAACAAUGUUUCGCGUAAGCAACGCGGUGGUGGGGAUCUUGAACUUCCUCUUCCUUCUCCUCGGCCUCGCCUCCAUCGGGGCCGGGAUCUACUUCCAAAUCCACGGCGGCACCCACUGCCAAAAAGUUCUCCAAACUCCGCUCAUCAUCGGCGGCAUCUUCUUCUGCGUGGUGUCCCUUCUAGGGCUCAUCGGCUCCUGCUGCCGACUCAACUCUCUCCUCUACAUCUACUUAAUCGUUGUCUUCGUGGUCAUCAUCGGGCUCAUCGUGUUCACCGUGUUCGCCAUUCUCGUGACGAACAAGGGGAUAGGGCAGGUGGUUUCCGGGAGAGGGUACAAGGAGUACAAGAGCGGAGACUUCUCGCACUGGAUGCAGCAUUACGUGGUGAAUGAUAAGAACUGGGGUCCCAUCAAGAGUUGCUUGAUCGAUGCGCAGAUUUGCAAGAGUCUUGGCGGCGACGUUCAUGAAUCCCAGGCCGACUUCUACAAGAAAAACUUGUCUCCUAUACAGUCUGGUUGCUGCAAGCCGCCGUCCUACUGCGGAUUCGAGUACAAGAACGCGACGUUCUGGGAAGUUCCUAAAAAAGGCCGGCAGUGAGACAGCGACUGCAAAACGUGGAGCAACGAGCAGAAGAAGCUGUGCUACGAGUGCGAGUCGUGCAAGGGAGGGGUGCUGGCAAACAUCAGGAAGCAGUGGAGGAACUUGGCCAUAUUUAACGGGUGUGUUAUUGUAUUGGUGAUUCUCAUCUACUGCGUCGGCUGCUGUGCUACCAAGAACAAUCGCUUCAGUACUUACAACAAAUUUAGAGGCGGCGCUUGAUUUGAUUAGCCUAAUUAUGAUAGAUAAUCCAUCCAGCUGU